CCGAUUUAUGCGCUCGUUUCUUUGCCGUUCGCUCAAAAAAGACCAGCCCGCAAUGCCUUUCAAUACGAGUAGAUUCCUCAGCGAUAUCUCGCAAAUCGUCUGUCGCCUCACUCGCUAUGCCUCCGAUGUCAGCACCGCAGAGUCCCUCUCGCCCCCAGUCUUCACUCCACUCGACGGCCUGUAUAAAGCCGCCGUGUCUGCUCUCAGCGAACCGACCACCACCACUCCGUCAAAGGCAGCAUCGAGACAUCAGAACCAAGAUCACGGUCAUGCGUAUCAAAGCUACCCCGGCCUGCCAUCUGUAGAGUUUUCGAAUGUGCGGAAUAUGUUGAUCGCGGACAGCGAGGUGCUCACCGCCGUCCUGCGUACCGUUUUAAUGGAGCAGAGCGGCGGUGGCGGGGCGGGGUCCGAGACAGAGACGUCCAAAGACGCGAGUGAAGUCCCGCAAACCGAGGACGAGAAGAAGCAGGACGAAGCAACGCAGCAGCAGCAAGACAACGUCGAAGGCGCAGCCGCAGCAGCCGAGACCGUGGAGUCCGUAGUCGACGCCGACGCCGACGCAGAACCCCUCACCGAAUCCCCCCUCCACACAACCGUGCACCUCCUCCGCGGGAUGGAAGCCGCCGCCUUGAUGGCCGCGAUGCUCCUCCCGGGCGUGCACGUCCGCGAGCGUGUGCUCGUCUCCGUCGCCGAGCUCGCUGCCGUUGUUCAUCACGUCUUGCACCUCCUGCUACAACCCGACAACGAUGACGCGACAUCUGAACGGAACCGUCAGGGUGGGCGGGCUCAGGUGGCGGCGUACGGCGGCUCGAUGCUUAUUCGCGCCAUGAACACGUUCCUGGACACGCUUGUCCUGCUUGAGCAGAGUUAUGUGGCUGCGAUGGAGGGAGACGGGGAAGGGGACGCGACCAUGUUUGAUAUCGAGAGGUUUCGCGAUGGGGUGUUGAAGGCUGUUGCCGAUGGGGGUGCGCAGAUUCCGCUUACAGCGGCAACUACGACUCUCCCGUCGGCCAACGCUCGCAAGGGGGCAGCGGCAGGGAAACAUGGCAGGCAAGGCGUCGGAUACGCAACACGGUGGGGACAGCGUCAGCCGCAACGAUACGGGGUAGGUCAAAGGAUGGGAAGCGUUGGUGCGGGCCAACGACGCUCGUUCAGCACGCCGGUCGCGGGCGUGUGGGAUAUGCCCCUUGCAAAGGGAUACCACCCCAGCUGGCCGGUGGGCGAGGCAGGGGGAGGAGGGACAUAUGCGUCGCGGGCGGAUGUGCAUUGGGAUAUGCCUCCGUUCACCUCACCAGCAGUACCAGACCCCAACAUAACUUCUCAGACGGACGGCAUUCAAGGACCACCACCACCGGCACCCUACACCGCCCUCCUCCAACACCUCACGGCCCUCGAAGCCACUCAGCUCGCCAUUCUGCGCCGCGCGGGCGUCCCUCCCUCCACCACCGCCGACGCACAACCGCAGCUCCCACCAGCAUCCCCCACGAGUCCGUACGGCCACGUUCAAUUCGCAGACACGGUCGGCGGCCUCGCCACUGCCCUCCCAUACCCAACCCAACCCUCCCCCACCCAACAACAACCCGACACCCCGCACCAACCGGCCCGCCGCAAAUCCUCCCUCCUCUCCCUCCUACGCCCCCGUUCCACCCCGCACCCCUCGGGCCCGCGUCCCCUGCCCGUGCCCCUCCGGCCCGCACCGAUCCCCACCCGCACGCCAACCCCACCCACCGCCCUCGCCCUCGCCUUGCUCAAGAAGGAAUGGGAACCCACCCUCUCGAUCCGCACGGGCGCGGCCUCGACCGCGCCUCGCAAGCCCGCGCAGACGGGGUGGAAGCUGUGUGUGGUGAAAUGCGUGGUCGAUGCCGUGAUUGUGUUUCCGCCGCCGGGGGGUGUGGGCGUCGCGGAUGUGGGCGUCGGGAGCGGGGUGGAUGAUCCCGAGUUAACAAACACCCCAGCCCUCGAGCACCACAACCUCCGCAACGUGGUCCUCUCCCUGAUCCCCUCGCCGGGGUCCUCGCCGUACCCGUGCACGCUCCGGCUGCACCUCAUGAACGGCAUCGCGGUGCUGAUCGACCUCCGCAGCCCGGCGACCGCGCAGCGGUGGGCGGAGGCGAUACUGGCGACGGCGACGGGGGCGGAGAUGUUGGGACGCACGGCGGGGAGACGGGGGAGGGGCGCCGGUUAUGGCGGGUUGUAUCCGGCGGUUAGUGCCGUGGAGUUGGGUGCGUGGGCGGGGUAUCCGAGUUCGUCGAGUUUUCGGAUAUGAAGAGGAGGGCCAGUUGAGAUUGAGGGGAGCGGGGUUGAGGACUGAUGGACAACCGUGUGGCCUCUUGGUUUCCCACUCUUCUGUUCACGCAGAUGUGCUUGGUGCCCUUCAUAGGCUUGCAUUCGUUGAUCCAUAUGCAUACCAUCGCGAAUAAACGAUUCAGUGCGCAUAAAGGAGUGCGGUAGCUAGACGAUGUGUCAUUUGCGAGAUGUGCCGAUGCCAGAGAAAUCGUAGAGCUGUUGCUUUUUCUCUAUCUAUUGUGGGGUAGGACUUGAGGAACUAUCUUGAGGCAUCUUUCCACUCUGUCACCCAUCUCGUCACCAAGGUUGGCUGGCCAUUCCUGACACCAAUAACGGCGAAUCGCUGUA